GUUCAUGACCCCGACACAGACAUUCGGAAAGAAGCGUCGAAGUUGUGCAAAUUUUGAUGAAAUGACCACUUAAAAACAAGGUUUACUGUUAAUCAACUUACAAAAAAGAGAUGUUAAUAUGACGGACAAUAUAUUUAAAGCGCCACGAAGCAAAAGAAUGCAUGGAAGGAGCGAUUUUGAGUCUGGGAUGUCGCCCCCAAAGAAAGGAAGAACAAAGGCUGACUUCUACACAUUCUGUUCCUGGGUUCUCACAUACACGCAAUACGAGCAGUGGAAACAAGACGAGAUUCGUUCACGAGACAACACCAGUCCAAUGGACAGUGCGUCCAGUACAGCGGAGAGUUACACCUCUGAGUCCACAUUGUCUUCUAGCAGCAAGGAUGACAGUUCUCGUGUACUAGACAUGCCUGACUCAGAAGAUGAAAGUUGGGAAGUCAUCACCUGUUUCUGCCUAAAGCCAUAUGCAGGGAGACCUAUGAUAGAGUGUUCAGAAUGCAACACUUGGAUCCACCUUUCCUGUGCGAAGAUCCGAAAAACCAAUAUUCCAGAAACUUUUGUGUGCAAUCUCUGUAAGGAAAAACAGUUCAAAUCACGCAAGUCAAGUAGGGUGAGAUUUGAAAACAAGCGGAUCGCUGUCUAGCUAUGGGGGUGGUGUUGACUUCAGGUCUCCACAAGAUUUAUUGCCUGUUUAAUUGAAGUCAAGUGUUUUAUGAUGUACUGACUAUGAUAUUGUGAUGUUUAGGAAUGGCCGUGCAUUUCUUGUUUUCUCUGGGAUCCAUGGUCAUGGUUGUAGACAUUAUGACUGCCAAGGUAUACUUUGGUGACUUGCAACACUACAUAACCAGGGUGAAGAAUCAACGGGGUUUUCAGGGGUUUACACACAGGCUGGACUGUGAAUGUAAAUCACACCGUUAAGAACAUUAUCUUUGCAAAUAUCUUAAGUUAUUGAAAUACAUUUGCAAAAAUUGAUAGUGCAUAAGACAUUUUUCUUGCAGUUUGUGACGAUAUCUUAAGGUAUAAGAUUAAAUCUUUGAAUACGUCUGAAAUUGGUGACAAAAUUUCACGGUGCAUGAAACUUGACGUGUACAAUGAAUGCAAUCAAAAAUGGAAUUUUUGAACAAGAACACAUGCUUAUUAAAUAAAGUAAUUCUGGUGUAUUUCGCAUUGCCAUACACAGCAUUAAAAUCUGUCUUUUGUGCACUAGUUGAAAUUCUUAAGAAAACUUUUUUUUAAAGUUAUUUGAAAUUAAGCACACUUACCGUCGUGUAUAAAUCCAAUAAAAAUUAUAAAGUUAAAAGGUGGAAUCCCAAAAAGUCACGUGAUCCUGCACGCUGUUAGUUAGAUUUCAUGAGAUGUAUAUAUAAUAUAUUAUAAUGAGAAGUUCAUGUGCUUCAGAUACAUGGUUUAUGUCAUAAAAUUGUGUGUUUUGGAAAUAUUGAGAAUGGAAUGUAUUUUCUUGUGGCAUGAUUGUUAGCUGUAAUAGUUUGGCAUCAUUUAACAGGAGCUGAAAGAUAUUCCCUAAAAUAUUAAAAUGCUGUACUUUUUUAGCGAUGAAAGAAUUACCUACUAAAUGGUUGAGUUUGAUCAAUGGAAAGAAUUUCACCUUCUCAAUAAUAAGUUUGAUCAAUGAUUAUAUCCCACUGAAAUGUGAUUAUCAUAACAUCCAUUACGUUCUCAAUCAAAAUGGGACUGUUUCAGCAGUAGAAAAUUCCUGCUGCAAGUAGAAAUGUGCAAAACAAAAACAUUUAAGAACAUAAUUUAUGAAAAACAGAGUUCAUGAUUGUCUGUUUGAUGUUGCCAAGCUGUACAGUGUACAAUUGAGCAUUACUAGGGGAACAAAGGGCUUAAUGAAAGUGCGUAAAGUGUACCAGACCAGUCUGUGCAGUCAGCAAAAGCUAAUCACGGACAACACAUAUAUGCAGAGACUUAAUUUUGUUCGUUAAGAGACUAGCUUUAAACUAAUAUUUUCAUAAAAGCAAGUGUCAUCCCUACUUAGCAUACAUGUGUACUGCACAGGCUUAUCUGGUACGACACUUAAGGCACGUACAUUAAUGUUUUCUUAGAGUGUGACUAUAAAUUGAACAAUCAAAUGGACAGUUAUUACGACUAGGAUAUGUAGACAACAACUAACCUGUUACUGCUUAUUGGCUGUAUUGAACUUAACCAAUUGUCUGGAACAAAAUAUUGUAGAAAGUGUUAGAGCCUUUUGUCAUUUAUCAAGUUAUCCAGGCAUACAGGGUAAAAUUAUUAUUGAUGGUAUUCUUUUAUUUAGGUUUUAAUUCCUACAUUUUUUACCUUUUUUGUGUAAGAAUAUCCUGAUAUUUAAAGGUUAACUUGUCUAUGAAUUCUUUUUUAAUUGUUUAUUACUAUUUUUCAUGAAUUUGUGUUGGUCCACGCAACCAUGAAAUAAAAUGUUACAAUUAAAUUUUUAUUUCCGAAAUUAAUAUUAAUAAAAUUAAGAUCUGAUGAAAUUGCUGGAUUUUAUGAAUCCAUGAAAUGUUUUGUUAAUGAAAAUAAAAGAAUCCACAGUGUUACAAGUAAUGAGUUUACUAUGUAAAAUAAACAAAUAGAACAACUCAGAGCAUAUUUCAUAGACAAUUAUUUCUUAAUACAAUUAUACAUUCUAAAUACGACUUUUCUGGUAAAGACCAGAGCUUGUCAUCUCCUAUGAUCUCAGUGUCUGACUUCCACAUCACAUUGUACAUGUAACUUCAACUAUGUAAAUUAGCAAUGUAUAUUUGCAUAACUUCAAAAAUGUAAAUUUAUUAUAUACAUAAUUUAAAGAAGUUUAUUGGGUUUUUUUUUCUGCAUAACCUACACCACUGUGACAGAGAUAAUUAUUUGCAUAUUAAAUUAUCAUAUUUUUUUAACAUGAAUUUUAAUAAUUGUCACAAGAACUCUUUUGCUAUACUUUUUCUUUUCUAUAUGUCAAUUGAUAAGUUCUUGAUUACCAGUGUUUAGAGAAAAUACUUUCCAAAGAUUUUUUUUCUAAAAACAACAUCUUUGGCGGAAACUGAAGUUAUCUUUUUAUUAGAAAUAUUCUUAAUACAAUGGUUAAUUUAAGCAGGGAAACUUGUUGAGUUAAUUAGGAAAUUACUUGAUCAGACAAUAUAUUCUUUCAAUAUAUAGUUUUAUUUAAAUGCUGCAAUAUGUGCUAUGUUUACGUUUAAUCAUGUUGUGCAUGUUAAUGUCUCAUGCUGUUCUGUGCUGAUUUGACUGUUUUGUACUUCAGUUUUUGUUGUUAUAGGAACAUUAUAAUGCAUACAUGUAUUUUUAUUAUUAAUACAUAUAGUCUUUUACUGUUUAACCAAAUUUGUUCACGUUUCGCAUACUGAAAGUAUAACAAUUGUUAAUACACAUACAUAACUAACUGAGGUAAACAUAGCUCACACAGUCUUAGUUAUUUAUUGUCUAAGUUCCCAAAAUAAAAAGAACAUUUGCUUUUUUGGAUAAAUGAUUAAAUUUGAUUUCACCCAUACACAAUUUAGCUAAUUAAUAUCUCACUCUCUCAUACAAAGGAUUAAUAAAGACGUUUUUGUGUAACCAUUCAUGAAGUAAAUGUUAAUCAUUCACAGAAUUCAGAAGAUACAAACUUUUAUCUUGUAAAACAAGUCUUUCUAAGAUUUGCAGCAAUACAUUAAAAAUACAUGGUUCCGUUGUUAUAGAUCAUUUUGAUACUUUGUGUGCUAGGCAUUUCUUUAUUGAUUUACCGGGUAUCUAUAACAUCAAUUGCAUUGGCCUCUAUGGUAAUAAGUACACUUGUUUUGAGUUUGCUAGCAGGUGUCAUGUGCUAAAAACAAGCAUUUACAAUGAAUGAGCCUGCAUUUGUAUUUUUAACUAGAGAUAUUUAUAAGCAUACAUACUUGUAUGAAAUGUGGCAAGUUUUGUGUUGAGUGGAAUAGCCGCAUAGAGUUAAAAGUUUUUGCUGGUGAGGAUUUUUUUUAUAGGCUUGCCAAUUUACAGUUCAGUGUUAAUGAUUGCAGAUGGUUUGAAUAAUCCAAUAGAUUUGAGUUUGGCUUUUGGAAAAACUGGGCUUAAUGCAUAUACAUAGUGUCCCAGAUUAAUCUGUGCAGACUAAUCAAUGACAAUACUUUCGCAUUUUACUAAAUAUAUAUCAAUUUAAGAAACUCUCAUCCUUACCAUAAUACAGUCCAGGCCAAAAUUAUUGUCAAAGAUUAACCUGUGCAGACUGCCUUGGCUUAUCAGGGAUAAUAUUUAACACACAUCCAUCAAGCCCAGUGUACACAGAGGGCUGCACAUUUGUGUUGAAUCGUUUGGCUUUCCAAAUUAGACACACAGACAAACAAAGGUUAUUAAUAUGUUUUCCAAGUGGUGUUUUAUCAACAGAAAUGAUAUUUUACUGAUGUAUUGUUGUUUCCCAUUUAACAUUAUCAAAUUCAUUUGUAAAUACAGUCCAACCUGAGACCAACGGUCAGUCAAGGAAAAUGGCAAAAGUGGCUGUUGUAAACAGGUGACCUCUGUUCUCAGGUGACCACUUUUUAGAUGGUUGGUCGAUUGGUAGGAUUGCUAUUAGUUACACACAGUGUAAUGCUAUCAAAGGCUGUUUGCUGAUAAAAAAUAGUAAAAUAAAAUCAAUGAUUUCUUUUGAAUUAAUAUUUUAAAAAUUGAUUUAAAAUUAUACCCAUUGUUUAACUUAUGAAUUUAUCAAUGAUAGUACUGUUGUUUACUCCUGCAUCUCAGUCGUCCAGUAAAUCGGCCAGUUUGUAUUACAUGCAUGUUUGUCAGAGGAGAUUUUUAAAUAACGGUCGUUUGUUAUAAAGUUGCAAUUCGAUGUCUUUCCCCCCAAAAAACAAUCACUAAUGCUUAUAUCAACUGCUUAUAACAACACUUGCUAGCUAAGUUUUGUUGUCGACACCUGAUUACUUCUCAACACCCUAUUAUCCGUUUUUUCCCAGUGGGCCACCUAUAUCAUAUCAAAGGCAGUAUAUGCAAUAAGAUUCUUGAGCCGCAAAAUAGACGCACAAAAGACGCUUUAGUGAAAAAAAGGAAUAUUGAUUUGAGUGUUUAUUUUUCGCACCAUGAAAUGACUGCCUCUUUACGGCGAUACAGGUGAAAAAUGGCUGACAGAGUGAAAUAUACUGUUGGUUGGCCAAUAUAGCCAGGGGACUGUAAUUCUCAGCUGUGAUAGAGAUUGAUUUCCGUCAGGGGAGUUGGGGGUGGGCCAAGACUGACAGUUGAAGGCAGGGCAGGUGACCGCUGUUCUCGGGUGACAACCAAGUCAGGUUGGACUGUAUAACAUACUUAAUUGUCUAUAUGCCAAUGAAUUUCAUUGCAAGUAUUCAAAUGUGUUAAAUUCUGGUUCUGAAUUUUACUUUGGCAUUUUUAUCUAUGCCAGAAGUUUUUACAAAUCUAAGUUGGAGAUCCUUUUAUUGAUUGUUGUAUAUCUUAUGCAUGCCUUAUGUUCAUUUUUUUUUGUUACAAAGAAGACACAGUCACCUUUGGUAUUCUUAAUUUUGUUUCAAACUGUAUUUUCAAAUUUUGAUGUGCCAUGCAAAACCGUGAUUUUCUUUCAGUCAGUUUUCUCUUGUCAACCAGCCAGAUGCUUCAAUAUUCUAGUUACAAUUUAAGCUACACAUGCAAAUGUCAUGUAGUUGUAACAAUACCUGCAUCAUUUCUGUAAAAACCUCAUGCAUUAAACCGUUUUGUUUUUGUUACAGGUUCCACUUGUAUAUCAUAAUUGUAAUUAUUGUUGAAAUGUAAAAAGUUGAUACUUAUUAAAGCAUUUUUAUCAUAAAA